GUGAAGUCCGUUGCCGGCUGUCGGGAUCGGCGUGUCACACUUGCGCCUCUUGGCCCGGACGGGAGAGCCCAGGAAAAGUAUCAGAAAGACAUGCCAUGGGGCAAACAGUGAAAGAAGAUUCAAUGGAUACGGAGGAGGAGAAUCAAGAGAAUGCUUCUCAGUCAGAUGACUUUCACUGGGAUAAUUACUUGAAAGAGACUGGCUCUGAAAGUGCUCCUUUGGAAUGUUUCAGACAGUCCCAGAUACCACCAACUAAUGACUUCAAAGUCGGAAUGAAAUUGGAAGCUCAUGACCCACGCAGCAUUACUUCAGUAUGUGUUGCUACAGUUGUGGGCAUUACUGGUGCCAGGCUUCGUUUAAGACUAGAUGGUAGCGAUAACCGAAACGAUUUUUGGAGACUCGUUGAUUCUUCAGACAUACAACCUAUUGGGACAUGUGAAAAGGAAGGGGACUUACUUCAGCCUCCACUUGGUUACCAGCUGAAUGUGUCAUCUUGGCCAAUGUUCCUUUUGCGAACACUAAGUGGAUCAGAAAUGGCACCUGCAACUUUCUUUAAGAAGGAACCGCCAAAGCCACCUCUAAAUAACUUUAAAGUGGGAAUGAAACUGGAAGCAGUAGACAGGAAGAACCCUUACCUGAUCUGCCCUGCAACCAUUAGUAAUAUUAAAGGAGAUGAUGUUCAUGUCACAUUUGAUGGCUGGAGUGGAGCAUUUGAUUAUUGGUGCAAGUACGAUUGUCGAGAUAUUUUCCCAGUUGGAUGGUGUCGCCUGACGGGAGAUGUUUUGCAACCGCCAGGAAAUAAUGUUUCUACUUCAAAGAAUACAGCCAAAGCACAGUCUUGCUCUUCCAAAGCAACUCAGCGUUCAAUGCAGACGUCACAGAAAACUGCUGUAAUAUUACCCACACAGCAGGUCAAGAGAUCAGGUCGGCCUAAAACGUCUGCUGCUUCAGUCUCCAAGAGGGGACAUUCUGCUAAAAUUCCUGCACCAAGAAAAAGAGGCCCGAUUGCGGGGAAGAAGCAGGAGAAGUCUUCUCUUUGUUCCACCUCUUCAGCUUCUGUAAAUGUGCUAAUGAGAGACUAUGGGAAUUCAAAUGAUGAUUCCAUUCCUUCUAAAAUAGUGAUGUCAACAGUCUGUGUAUACAUAAACAAAAAUGGAAAUUCUGGCCCUCAUCUGGAUCAGAAAAAAAUCCAGCAGCUGCCUGAUCAUUUUGGCCCCGGCCCUGUGAAUGUGGUGCUCCGGCGGACCGUGCAGGCCUGUGUGGACUGUGCCUUUCAGCAGAAGACUGUCUUUGGAUUCCUCAAACCAGACCAUCGUGGUGGAGAAGUGAUAACUGCGUCUUUUGAUGGCGAAACUCAUUCUGUCCAGCUCCCUCCUGUGAACAGUGCAUCGUUUGCUCUUCGCUUUCUUGAAACCCUCUGCCACAGUCUGGAAUGUGAUAAUCUUUUGAGUAGCCAGCCUUUUAGCUCAUACAGAGGUAAUAACCCUAGUUCUUCUGCAGAGCAUGAUAAAAAUAAAUCAGAUAAAGAAGACUUAGAAAAGAAAACUACUAAACGACCUUCUGAACAAUCUCCACCUUAUGUUGUUCCUCUCUCUCCUAAGCUAACCAAAACAAAUAUGUAUGCCUCUAAAGCUGGACCGGACUCCAGUGUCCUGAAACAAGGUCUCUCUAAGGACCCUUCAACCUGGUCUGUGGAUGAAGUGAUCCAGUUUAUGAAGCACAAAGAUCCUCAGAUAUCAAGCUCCCUUACUGACCUCUUCAGACAGCAUGAGAUUGACGGGAAGGCUCUGUUGCUACUAAAAAGUGAUGUAGUGAUGAAGUACCUGGGGCUGAAGCUGGGGCCAGCCCUAAAACUGUGUUACUAUGUUGAAAAACUUAAAGAAGGAAAAUAUGACUGAAAAAAUGUGUAAGUUUAGACUGGAUAUAAUUCUUAGUUGUACUGUUACCUUUUUAUUUAAAGCUAUUUUUGUUCUUUUAGUCCAUUCCUCUAAACACACAUUAUAUCUAGAAUUGCAGAAAUACAUUGCAGUCCAGUCUACUUCUUUAAAGAUCAUUUGUCAUGUUACUAUUAGCGUAUUUAAAUAGGCAGUUCCGUAUGGUUUUUACUAAUUGUAUAGUUUACAAAUGUAUUUUGUAUAGAGAAAACAGUGACAUCUUUGAUUUUGGUUGAUCUUUAUAUAUAGAACCAAAACAGCUAAAUCCCAAAGGGGAAAGUAUCAGUAACUGACAAGUUUUCUAAUGAAUCUCAUGAAAAGUUUUCCUUAGAAAAUAAUUUUAAAAUGCAACUGUAGCAAUUCAUCUCUUUCUCCAAAAUGUUUUAUGUCUGUUACUGCCGUGUUCUGUUUGUGCCCUACCAGUUUUCAGAAAGGAAAUAGCCAUAUAACUUAUUUUCCUUUCAUUAUUAUUUCUUUAUAUGUUGUAUAUCUUCAUAUUUAAAGAAAAAAGGAAACUUAUAAGCAUUCAUAAAGUGUUCUUUUCAUCUUUUGAACAAUUAUAUGAUAGAGUAGUUGUUUUAUGCAGGAGAUAUUAUACUACAAAGGUGGUUUGGAUGGCGUCUCAUUACAUUUUUCCAACAAAGUCUUUGUUUUAAAUUCUUAAUAUUUUUGCUAAACUUAGACAUUUAAACUACACAUUCAUUUCUCAUAUCUAUAUGAAUACACCUGUGCCCCAAAUUUUAAAAUAUAUAUUUUAUUGUCUGGUUUAUUCCUCAUAUGGAGUAUACCAUAUUUAUAUAUUAAUCUAUAUCUGUAGGUAUUCAAACAAGUAAAUCUGUUCUUUUUGAACUUAAUAUGGCACUUUGUACUGCCACAGAGGUAAUGACCAACUAUAUAUAUGGUUAGGUAUUUUUAUUCUGUAAUAAACCAUAUGCAUCAUUUGCUAUCAUUAACUAGUACCUCUCAGCUUAGUCUUCAGGGGAUAAGAAACAAUCCAGAGAUUGGUUUCCAUACAGGGAAGUUCUCUGUCCUAUGCAAUGUUUCUGGUUAAUUUGCUUAGUUCUGAGCCAUUUAUUCUGCUAAAUAUUGGAAGGUAUAUUAGUUCUGACUUACCAUUUUGAUCUUAAUUUUUAAAGUUAGAACUUUCAAGGGAAAAUGGUGCUAAAUGUUUAUGUUUUUACUUUGUAUAACUUUGGUAUAAUGUUUAUAAGCUAUGAGAAUCUGUGCUAAAAGUAUUAGCCAUUUGUUGUAACUGCCCCAGAAGGAGACAACAGGGGCAAGAAUGUACAUUUCACUUUUGGAAAACCAAAUGUACUUUAUACGUGAAUGCAACUAUUUAAAGGGUGGUUUGGUCUAUGUUAUUCAUUUUAUGUUAUAAGACAGAAUUAUAAUUUAAUCCUGGUCUUCUUUCAAACUGUUUGUGAGAAGAUACUGUUUCCAGCUGAACAGUCCUCAGGUGUUUGUAUAAAUACUGUUUUACAGAUUUCAGAUUUUAAGAUAUAAUAAAGUUA